AUGCCAAAAUUAGUAGAUCAAUUCAUUUUUAUAUCCAAUAAGCAAUUAAAGGGACAGGCAGUAGAUGUUCAGAGUGAAAUUAAGAAAAGAGAUGAAAUAAUAAUUAGAUUAAGUGAAAGAUUAAAAGAAUCUGUAAAAUAUCGUGAUGAACAGAUAUCUCUACAAUAUCAACAGAUUGAAGACUUGAAAUUACAUCUUGAAAAACUACAGCAAGAAUUUCAUCAGAUUCUGGUUCCAGCAUGUAGUGAUUCUCGUUCCAACAUCAAUGAUUCUGGUUCCAGCAUCCGUGAUUCUGGUUCCAGUAUCCGUGAUUCUGGUUGCAGCACCUGUGAUUCUGGUUUCAGCAUCUGUGAUUCUGGUUGCAGCGUGUCUUCUGUGGCCAUAUCUUCCUUAUAG